AUGAGAGGCGAGCCUGCAGCUGCAUGGGACUCUGGGAACAACACCAUUGGGGAGGAAUACAGUGAUGUCGCCUUUGCUGCGGCAAACACCUUGAUUCUGUUGAUCACGUCUGCUGUGGGGAUUGCAGCGAAUCUUUUUGUCAUACUGGCAGUUUAUCGCCAAAAAUCACUGCAAACUGCAAUAAAUGCACUGGUGGUAAAUCUGGCGGUCAUAGACACUCUGCGAUGUGUAACCGACUGCCCCAUUCUCUUUAUCAUCAUCCUAGCUCUGUAUCGAAGAGGACUUGUUGAGGAGUUGAUCUGUGAUGCACAAGUGGCCUCUUUCUCUUUCAGCUGCUGCAUCCAACUGUUGACUCUGGCCUGCAUAAGUUCAGAGAGGUACCAGGCCAUCGCGCAGCCUUUCAAAACUAGUCAAAGGCGAAGACGGAUUAUGGUGCUGAUUCCUCUCACAUGGGCCUUGGCUAUUCUGGUGGCUGCUUUUUGUCUAAAAUUUGUGAAGGACUCGCCCGUGCAUGAAAGAUGCAAAGGAUUAUUGGGAAAGACAUCCUCCUCCUAUGACACCUUUGGAUUAUACAUGUUGUUCCCACUUUGGGCAGCUUGCUUUAGCGUUAUCAUUGGAUUCUAUGCUCGUAUUUUUGCCCUGGUGAAAUCACACAAUCGCAAAAUAUUUGACGAGGGCACUUUUCCACUUUCGAAUAAAGACAAAACAGAAGAUAAGCAGAAGAAAGAGGAAACCAAAGCUGUGGAGGAUGUACAUGGAAAAUCAGGGCAAAAUCAGACCUUGAGCAAAAGUGCUGCUCAGGUGGAACUCGUGACGCAAGAUGAACUAAAUUCAUCCAAGAAAGAUUCCACGGCUGCUCUACUGGCCUCAAUAAAAACUCCACAAUGCGCCUCCAUCCGUUCAGAGAGUAAAAAAGAAUUAAAAAAUACACUGGAGUUAACAGAUUUGGAAACAGAACAAUCUCCCCCUCCUGCAAUGCAGGUUGCAGUGCCGAUUGAGGAGAAACCUUUUAAAACGGAGCAGUCUAAUCCCUGUGGCACGGAAGCUGAAGCAAAACCAUCAAAUGGAGAAGCUGCUGCUAGUGUUAAGAGCUCAACCACAAAGCCGCAGAAGGUGUCAAGCAAUUUCGACACAGAAAAGCAGUCCAAAGAGAGAGUGAAAAUUGACAAAGCGCCCUCUGAAAUGAAAGAAACCAACCCCCAUGGUCCCUCGUCUGCACAGUUAGAAAAUCCUGAAUCUACUUCUGUUUUACUGACUGAACUAAAACAGGUUAAGAGCAGCAACGGAGGUGAAACACUGAGUGUCGCUGCAGUAGAUCAAGUGUCUUCAUUACCUCCUGCAUCGAGUAAUGUCCCUGAAACAGAAGAUGCAAAACAACAAGGGAAGGUGGAAGGUGCUGUUUGCGUGAUGCCUUCAAAAGCAAGUAAAGAGAGAGCAAACAAAAAGAAGGAAAGUAAAAUGGCGAGGCGUGCUGGCUACAUAAUUAUAACCUUCAUCUUAUUCUGGCUGCCUUUGAUCACAACUAUCCUGGUGAAUUUUGCUGUUCAUGGAAACAAGAAUACACAGAUAACAAUCUUUCAGGACGUCGAGAUUCUGUCCGUCUCUGUCACCUGCAUCACAUCACUGAGUAACCCAAUGAUAUAUGCUGCAGUGAACCCUCAGUUUCGGACAGAGUUUAAAAAACUUACAAACAAGCUUGUGUCCAUAUUCUAUAAGAAAUAA